AUGUUACUCCACUUUCUAGUUUUGGGGGCCUCGCUUUUCCAGGCAGGGUGCUACUUUGCAGAGGAGAAGUAUCCGGAGGAGUCGAAAAUGCAGCCUCCCACCGUGGUUAUCGCUAUCAUAGCCAGAAACACCGAGCACUCCCUGCCGUACUACCUUGGAGCUCUGGAGAGACUCAACUACCCCAAAGACCGCAUCUCUGUGUGGGCUGCCACAGACCACAACUUGGACAACAGCACAGCUGUGCUGAAGGAGUGGCUUACUGUUAUGCAGAAAUUUUACCAUUAUGUCGAGUGGAGACCGAUGGACCAACCCACGUCAUAUGCAGGAGAGAUGGGUCCUAAGCAUUGGCCCAACACCAGGUACGAGUAUGUGAUGAAGCUGAAGCAGGCGGCACUCAACUUCGCCAGGAAACGCUGGGCCGACUAUAUCCUGUUUGCAGACACAGACAAUAUCAUCACCAACUCAGACACCCUCAACCUGCUGAUAGCAGAAAACAAGUCAGUCAUUGCUCCCAUGUUAGACUCUCCAGGAGCAUACUCCAACUACUGGUGUGGUAUAACUCCGCAGGGAUAUUAUCGUCGAACAGCUGAGUAUUUCCCCACCCGCCAUCGUCAAAGGCUUGGCUGCUUCCCUGUGCCCAUGGUCCACUCCACCAUGCUGCUGGAUUUAAGGAAGGAGGGCAUGAAGAAACUGGCCUUCUACCCUCCUCAUCAGGAGUACUCCUGGCCCUAUGACGACAUUAUUGUGUUUGCCUUCUCCUGCCGGGCUGCAGAGAUACAGAUGUACCUGUCUAACAAGGAACGCUAUGGCUACCUGAACAUCCCAGCCAAACCUCAACACACCUUGGAAGAUGAUCGUCUCAACUUUGUCCAUGUCCAUCUGGAGUCCUUGAUUGAUGGUCCUCCCAUGCACCCCUCUCGUUACGUCCACUUGUCCACCAAACAGAGAGACCUCAUGGGCUUUGAUGAGAUCUUUCUGAUUAAUCUACGGCGGCGCCUUGACCGUAGAGACAGGAUGUUGUACUCUCUGAAUGAGCUGGAGAUUGAUGUCAAGGUGGUAGAUGCUGUGGAUGGGAAUGCACUGAACAGCAGUGACAUCAAGUUCCUGGGCGUGGACCUGCUACCAGGCUACUAUGACCCGUUCUCUGGACGCACACUGACCAAAGGAGAGGUGGGCUGCUUCCUCAGCCACUUCUACAUCUGGAAGGAGAUGGUGGAUAUGCAGAUGGAUAAAGCACUGGUCUUUGAAGACGAUGUCCGUUUCCAGGCCAACUUCAAACGACGAGUCCUCAGACUGAUGGAGGAGGUGGAGCAGGUGGAGCUGGACUGGGACAUUAUAUACUUUGGCAGAAAGCAGGUGAACCCUACUAAAGAGGAGCCAGUGGAGAACGUUCGUAACUUGGUAAUGGCCGACUACUCCUAUUGGACUCUGUCCUACGCCAUAUCCUUGCAGGGAGCCCAAAAACUGCUCAAUGCUGAGCCACUUUCCAAGAUGCUGCCUGUCGAUGAAUUCCUACCCAUCAUGUAUGACAAACAUCCCAAUGAGGACUACAAGUCCCAUUUCCCCAACAGAAACUUACAAGCCUACAGUACUCGCCCCCUCCUGGUCCAGCCGUGUCACUACGCUGGUGAUGCCCAGUGGGUAAGCGACACGGAAACGUCGACUCUGUGGGACGAUGACUCGGUACGCACCGAUUGGAGGGGAUCCCACAAGACCCUGAAAGGUGCUGCCCCGCCACCGGAGAUCCUGUCAGCUGCUUACAAGGAUGAACUUUAGUGCGGUGCAGACAUGGCUACAGAGAACCUGCAGGUCAAAAGGCCACAAGGUCAGAG